AUGAUUCAAGAGAUCACUAAGUCAUCUCCUGUCGAAGUCGAAGGAGAAAUACACAGAAAUUCCCUGGUUAACCGCCGGGUCAACACAAGGCUAUAUGAACAUAAUGAUGACGAGGACGAAGUAGAGAAGAUAUUUGAGGAGACGAACCUCCUACAAAGAAA